GCCUGGCCCUGGGCCCAGGCCCCGAUUGGCCGCCUCCUCAGGCCCCGGGGCGAGAACUGCCGGCGUGGCCCCGGGCCGAGGGCGAGGCCAUGGCGGACAGUGGUGGAGGGAGCGGUGGGGCUAGCGCGGGUGGUGCCGGCGGGGGUGGCGCCGGCGGCUCAGGCCAGGCCUCGGCGGCCUCGGCCUCCGGCUCGGCGGGCGCCGGCGGCGGCGUUACCAACCCGGCGUCGCUGCCGCCCGGGGACUCGCAGCUCAUCGCGCUCAUAGUGGAGCAGCUCAAGAGCCGCGGCCUGUUCGACGGCUUCCGCAGAGACUGCCUCGCCGACGUGGACACCAAGCCAGCUUACCAAAAUCUAAGACAGAAAGUAGACAACUUUGUGUCAACUCAUCUGGACAAGCAGGAGUGGAACCCAGCAAUGAACAAAAACCAGUUGAGAAAUGGGCUGAGACAGAGUGUGGUUCAGUCAGGAAUGCUGGAAGCUGGAGUGGACAGAAUUAUUUCACAGGUAGUGGAUCCAAAACUAAACCACAUCUUCAGGCCACAGAUAGAGCGCGCAAUUCAUGAAUUCCUGGCUGCACAGAAGAAAGAAGACACUAUACCAGCUCCCCCUCCAGAACCUGAAAAUCAGGAUCCACCUGCUCCUUCUCAGGAUUCCUCUUAAGCCUUUUUUUCUUAUGCCUUUGAUGACAGCUGCUAAAAAUUCCAAGUAAUUGAGAGUGAAUAAGCUUAUCCAACUUGACAAGACUGCAGCCUCAUAAUGAAGAUCUUCAAAGAUUGUAGAGCCUUCAGAUUUCAUUCCUUAGUGAGAGCAGUUUAACAGUUUGAAGAGGAGAGAUGCAGUUUGCCAGUAGAGAAAACUGACAUGGGACCUUUAUAAUCCUUAAGAAAGCUAGAAUUGAUAGUGUAAGGAUUAAAUCCUUAGAGUACUCAGGAAGUUGCUUAGAACUUCUACCUUUUAUGUAAGUUUGGGGAAAGGGGUGGGUGGUACAUGUUGUAGGGGUUUUGUUACUUUGACAUGGGAGGCAUUUGAAUUGACUUAUUAAAUGUUCUUUUCACUUUUCUAAUAAAAAUUUUUAAAUAUGCCUGAUUUGGGGUCCUAAACAUAAGCCAUAUUCAGCUUUAGAUU